AUGGCUCACAUAUUAGAAAUAUUUAAAAAAGCAAUCGAAUAAAAAACAGAAGAACAAGAAGGUAAAUUAAUGGAGUUUGAUCUUGACAAUGUUAAGAUUGUGAAAUUAGAGAAAUAGGUCGCUGAACUUCUUGAAUCUCAAAGUCAACUAGAGUCUUUAAGUCUAGUUGAGUGCUCCUUAAAGACACUUGAGGGAUUUCCUAAAUUACCAAAUUUGCAGAAUUUGGUGUUGGAAACCAAUUAAUUGGAUGGAGAGGCAAUUAAAUUUAUUGCCACCACAUAUCCAAAAUUGAUGUGUUUAAGCUUAGCAGAAAAUUCAAUUAAAACAUUUGCUGAAUUGGAGUCCAUCAAGCAAUUGAAAAAAUUACAACAAUUAGAUUUAUCUGAUAAUCCUAUUGCUCAAUUACCAGGAUACUUCUAAAAGGUCUUUGAUUUAGUUCCUGGAUUGUCGGUUUUAGAUAACAAGGAUAAAAAUGGAAAUGAUAUUGAAUAUAGUGACGAUGAAGAAGGUAUAGAAAGAGAUUCUGAAGAAUCAGAUGAUGAUUUAGAUGAGGACGAUGGUGACUUAGAUGACGAUGAUGAGGAAUCCAGUCCUUAGCCCACUAAAAAAACAAAAAAAUGAUAAAUUUAUAAGAUUUUUUGGUUCAUUAAUUUUUAUUUCAUUUUAUUUAAA